UAGUACUAGCUAAGCGAUAACUUUUGCACCCAUAUUGUGAAAUAGUUUUUUCUCUCUGUAUUCAGUUUAUCGGCGAGGCGUUUGAUAAAAUUGUUUUAAUUGAAAAGUUGUGCCGCUCGGAAUUACUUUUGCCAAUUUAAAAACUAUAAAAUGGGUAAUACUUAUUUUGAAUUUAAUUAAUCUGUCUUUAGCAUGGCGUCGAGUAGUUUCGCGAAACUUCUUGCGCUUGCCGGGUUUCUGACAGCGAUCAGUGGCAUACCGGUGCAAAAUGACGACUUAUUCGAAUUGUCAGUUGUACACGUAAACGAUUUUCAUGCAAGAUACGAACAAACUAGUCCAUCGGGAGGCAACUGCAAAAAUCAGGACAAUUGCGUGGGGGGCUUCUCUAGAAUGCUUGUCCAAUUGCAAGAAAUGAAGAAGAGGAAUCCUAGCGCCUUAUUUUUCAACGCGGGGGACAACUUUCAAGGCACUUGGUACUACACCUCGGGAAAAUGGAAUAUUACACAACACUUCAUGGCUAAAUUCCCUUGGGAUGCUAUUACUUUAGGUAACCACGAGUUUGACGAUAAGCUUGACGGUUUGGUACCAUUUAUGAAGCAAUUAAAGACCCCAUUUGUUAUCGCAAAUCUGGAUCACAGUGAUGAACCGCGGUUCGAGAGGCUCUACUCCAAAAGCGUUGUGAUAGAAAGGAGUGGCAAGAAAAUAGGAGUGAUCGGGGCAUUGACAUAUGAAAUGCUAGACUCUCCCAACCUCGAAAAUCUAAGGAUCUAUCCCGAAUCUCCGAGCAUUAACGCUGAGGCCGAGCGAUUAGUACGAGAUGAAGGCGUAUUUACUGUCAUAGUUCUUUCGCAUGCUGGAUACGAGGUGGAUAAGAUAAUUGCUGCGAACGCAUCAGAGAAGAUAGGCCUGAUUGUUGGGUCUCACACUCACUCCUUCUUGUGGACAGGAACUAACUACCCGGGAUACGAGGAAGCAGUGGGACCAUACCCAACGGUUGUACGAAGCAAGCACCAUAAAGACGUUCUUAUAGUACAAGCAUCUGCCUUCGCUAGAUACGUGGGGAACAUAACAGUUUUCUACAACUCAGAAGGUGACAUCUUGGAUUACUCGGGAGCACCUAUUUAUUUGAAGAAUUCCCUGCCUCAGGAAAAGAAAGUAGAUGCAGAAAUGCUAUCUUGGAAAUCAAAACUUAGAAGCAGCGAAAGUAGCGUAAUUGGUACCAUUUUGGGUAACUUAGAUCUAGGAUGCUACAACAAAGAAUGUACAUUAGCUGAUGUCAUUGCAGAUGGCAUGGCAUAUGCGUUUGCAGACAAAUCAGAACCCAGUUCGGCGAAAAACGCCCCUAUAGCGAUUAUGAACGCGGCAGGCAUGUGCGCAGGAAUGGAAAAAGGAGAGAUCACUUAUUAUGACGCUUGGAUGUCUCAACCUUACAAUAAUACCAUAGAGAAGGGACAGAUUAGGGGGUCUCACCUCAAGGAUCUGUUCGAACAGGGUGCUCCUGCGGAUAACUACAUUGCGUCGUAUUCGAACCUUAAUAUUUUACAAGUUUCGGGGGUGCAAAUUGUUUACAAUCUGACGAGACCCCGAGGAAGUAGGGUGACUUCCCUUAAGAUAAGGUGCCAAGAAUGCGACAAUGACAUCUAUCAGGAUUUAAACCCCGACCAAAAAUAUGACAUCGUCUAUCAGUCGUAUUUGAAAAGCAACGACAAGUUUUCCAUCCUCGGCAAAAGUGUCGAUAAAGUGGAGAUCGGCAAAACCGACUUGGAAGUGUUUUUGGAAUACAUGGAAGCGAACUCGCCUCUGUAUCAACGCAUUGAGGGCCGUAUAACGGUGACAACUUGAAUAUUUGCUUCUCCGUGCUCGGGCCUUAGGGGGCGCAAGAAUUUUUUUUUAACCCGCUUAUCCAAGUAAAAAUUGUCCACAACUAUAAGAGCUUCUGAAAAUGUAGAAUACGGGACACAUUUUCCGGCCAUCCUGUAUAAGU